UAGGCAUGCUAUCAUUAUCAACCGAGGAGUCUUUGAAAUGGAAGAAAGCAGCGCGCAGCGAACCAGUGUGACCAAGCAUCGCACUCCCGUCUGGAGAUUCAAAAUCCUCUGCCUUGAAGCCGGCAAGAUACAGCUCUUCCAGCUUUGGCAAAUCCCCGAUCAAAAGCUGGCAAGGCCACCCAUGGAGUUUGACGGACCUGUUGUUGAGGAACAGGUAGCGCAGUGAAGGUGGGAGCCUAAAACAGCCCUUGAGGCCUAAAUGGUCACACUCCAACAGCUGGAGGCCCUUUUCAUUGGCUGCACAAACCUGUGCAAUCACGUCCCUGCUGAAUAUGCAGUCCGGCUCCCACUGCCACUGAGUUUGGUACUUCUCAUUCCAAGCAGAGACACCAAAUUGUAUCGCCUCUUUACUCUCUUUUAAUUGAAGCGCCCUCAGCUCUGGCAGGCAUUCCAGCAAUGGUUGCAGCACAUCUCCCUCAUGCACACUUGGCCGCUUGCGCAGCUUUUGCCAGAGUGAGAGAGACCUUAGCUGCUUGCAUGAGCAUACAGCAGCCCUCAAGGCGUGUUUUGGCUCGAAGUGUGCCAUCCAAAAGUUGGACAGGACGAGGUGCUGAACCGUUCCAGCACAGAGUGCAAUGAUUUCAGCUACCUUCACAGCAUUUUCGUGCCCAGUCGGAGGUACUGGGUGCUCGAUCGACAGAGUUGUCACCUGCAUUCCUUUCGAUACACGCCUCUCAAUAAAAUUGUAAAAGCUGUCCAGGC